UAAGGGGGAGAGGGUGCAUAGGAAAAAAAAUCGAAGCAAUCACAAAACCUUAGUCGCUUUGGAUGGUAAAGGGAUGUUAGACCAGGCAGCUUGCUGGCUCUCGGGAUCGGGGCUCGUCACCGGGACUUUUGGCUUAACUGCCACCCGGGCACCGGAGGGGAAAAUCCCUGCCACGGGUUAAAAAGAGACAAGAGAGAGUAAGCCGAGCAAAGAUGCGCUUCGGAAUGACCCAGUGCCGGGUGAUUCUCAGCGACAGCCUGCACCUCCCAGGAGCCCCUCGGGGAGGACCCUGCACAGCCGGGCGCGGAUCCCCAGACGCGGCUGGGAGGUCCCGCGGCAGCCUGGGCGACUGUCAGCUCCUCGACGUCCACUCGACCCCAGGACCCCGGGCCCAGGGGUUGCCGCCCGCGGUGUGUCGCGCGUGCUUGUUUGCCAGCGGAUCCGCCCCGGGGAGAAGACGCGGAGGGGUGCUGCUGGCCCCGGGGAGACCUGCAGCCCGGCCCCGGGGGUGGGGCGGCCUGGAUGCGCCCGAGCCGGCCCCGCAGCUGCUGACGCGGGGCGCGGGCGAAGUUUGCCCGCCGGGCGGCGCGGCGCGGGGCCCCUGGACGGCCGGCUGCGCGGCGAUCGCGGCGGCCGGAGCGAUGCCUGCGGGGGGCCUGUUGCCGCUCUUCGGCAGCCCCGCGGGCGGCGGCCUGGGCGGGGGGCUCGGCGGCGGCGGCGGCGGCAGGAAGGGGUCGGGCCCCGCCGCCUUCCGCCUGACGGAGAAGUUCGUGCUGCUGCUGGUGUUCAGCGCCUUCAUCACGCUCUGCUUCGGGGCGAUCUUCUUCCUGCCCGACUCGUCCAAGCUGCUCAGCGGGGUCCUGUUCCACUCCAGCCCCGCCCUGCAGCCGCCCGCUGACCACAGACCCGGGGAGCCGGCGGGCGCCCUGGACGACAACUUAGCCAGGAUCCGCGAGAACCACGAGCAGGCUCUCCGGGAAGCGAAGGAGACCCUGCAGAAGCUGCCCGAGGAGAUCCAAAGGGACAUCCUGCUGGAGAAGGAGAAGGUGGCCCAGGACCAGCAGCGGAAGGAGGAUGUGUUCAAGAGACUGCCCGCCGUGGACUUCGUGCCCCCCAUCGGGGCGGUGGGCCGGCAGCCAGCCGACGCUGACAUCUCCGAGAAGAGGGCAAAGAUCAAAGAGAUGAUGAAACAUGCUUGGUAUAACUAUAAACAUUAUGCCUGGGGAUUAAAUGAACUGAAACCUUUAUCAAAAGGAGGCCAUUCAAGCAGUUUGUUUGGUAAUAUCAAAGGAGCAACAAUAGUUGAUGCCCUGGAUACACUUUUUAUCAUGGAAAUGAAAGAUGAAUUUGAAGAAGCAAAAGCAUGGGUUGAAGAAUAUCUCAAUUUUAACGUGAACGCUGAAAUUUCUGUUUUUGAAGUAAAUAUACGCUUUGUUGGUGGACUUCUCUCAGCUUACUAUUUGUCUGGAGAAGAGGUGUUCCGAAAGAAAGCAGUGGAACUUGGAGUAAAAUUGCUACCUGCAUUUCAAACUCCCUCUGGAAUCCCCUGGGCGUUGCUGAAUUUAAAAAGUGGGAUUGGAAGGAACUGGCCCUGGGCUUCAGGAGGCAGCAGUAUUUUGGCAGAAUUUGGAACACUACAUCUGGAGUUCAUGCACUUGAGCCACUUAUCAGGAAACCCUGUCUUUGCUGAAAAGGUAAUGAAUAUUCGAAAAGUACUGAACAGUCUGGAAAAACCAGAAGGCCUUUAUCCUAACUAUCUGAACCCCAGUAGUGGACAAUGGGGUCAAUAUCAUGUGUCUGUUGGAGGACUUGGCGACAGCUUUUACGAAUAUUUGCUAAAGGCAUGGUUAAUGUCUGACAAAACAGAUCUAGAAGCUAAGAAGAUGUAUUUUGAUGCUGUUAAGGCAAUUGAGACUCACUUGAUCCGCAAGUCUAGCACAGGACUGACUUACAUCGCAGAGUGGAAAGGGGGUCUCCUGGAACACAAGAUGGGCCACCUGACCUGUUUUGCAGGAGGCAUGUUUGCUCUUGGAGCAGACGAUGCUCCGGAAGACCUUACCCAACACUACCUUCAGCUCGGGGCUGAAAUCGCCCGUACCUGUCAUGAGUCUUAUAAUCGCACGGUAAUGAAACUGGGACCAGAAGCUUUCAGAUUCGAUGGUGGUGUUGAAGCCAUUGCCACAAGACAAAACGAAAAGUACUACAUCCUACGUCCAGAGGUGAUUGAGACUUACAUGUACAUGUGGCGACUGACUCACGAUCCAAAAUACAGGAAAUGGGCCUGGGAAGCUGUAGAGGCCCUGGAAAGUCACUGCAAAGUGAGUGGAGGCUAUUCGGGCCUAAGGGAUGUUUACCUCAAACACGAGAGUUAUGAUGAUGUGCAGCAGAGUUUCUUCUUGGCAGAAACACUAAAAUAUUUGUACUUAAUAUUUUCGGAUGAUGACCUUCUUCCACUGGAACAUUGGAUCUUCAAUACCGAGGCACAUCUUCUCCCUAUACUUUCUGCAAAUAAAAAAGAAGUUGAAGUCAAUAAAAAAUAAAGACAUUUUAUAAUUUGCUCCAUUUCCUUCACUGCAUACCUUAAUGAUUCCUUUUCUGGUAUUCAGGCACAUGAUGAAUUUUUAUUGAUACAUCUGUGAUGAUUCUAAGUUCUAAAAUUGUUUUGCAGUCUUUUAUGUUUAUUAUCAUAGGCAUAGAUGAGCCUAAAUUCCUUAUGGUAGCCUUUAUUAUUCAGUCAGUGGAGCAUAGGUUUUUUGCUUUUUUUCCCCUCUAAACUAUUAUCUUUGAGUUCAUGAAGGUGUAUUAUCAUUUUUAUUAAACUCAGUAGAGUGGUAUACCAAUGACCUCUUAAUUGCCAAUUUGAUUUGACUGCAAAACUUUUUCCUCCUCUAUGAGGAGAUGAUGUCUGCUUUAAGCUGUAAUGUUUUGCCAUGUUGCAAAAAGCCAUAAUAAUAAAUUAAAUAUUAAAAAAGCUUUUCCCUUUCCAAUUUCAUGUUAAUCUGGUUUGUCUAUCCACCAGAGAUAGAUCAUAUAACUGUGACAGCCUCCUUAUGCGGGUCUAUCAUUAUUUGAUAGAAUGUCUUCACUCACAUCGUAAAUCAAAUUAGAAUGUCAUCCCAAAAGGAUCAUCUUAUGUUGACCUCAUUUCAUUGGAAUGACAGUAUAUUUUUGUUAGCUAAUCAUAUUAGUAUUUCAUAAUUUGAGAAUUAGUCCUCAAAUUUUAUUUUAAAUGCCUUGUGUCAUUUCUGGAUCAUGUACUGGUAAAUUUCUUUCACCCUCAACCAUACAGUGAGGUGACCUUCCAAGUUUCACAGAGCUCUGCUAUUACCAAAUUACAAAGGUAGCAUAACUUUUAAUAUAUUUUUCUUUUUGCUUUUAACUGAAUCUAUGAAGAAAUUGGAUCUCUCUAAAGAGAGAGUAUUUCAUAAGGCUUUUAUUUUUCACUUCAUCUUUUGUUUCCUUGAGGUAAAAAUGAAUUUGCAUUUGGGUCUGAAUUUUCAGAUUUGAAAAGCGCCUUUUUUCAAAAGUAGUAAGUUGUUUCACUUCAGUUUUUAAAAGUAGGAUUUAUCUCUGAAAGCUGUGCCAAUGUGUCUAUUCAAAAUCAAUUGGGGGAAAUUGAAUAAACUUCUAAGCCAAAUUAAAAUAUGGUAUUUUCUUAUUAAAUUCAACAUAGAAAUCUCAGCUAUGGGAAAAAUAUAUAGAAAGAUACAAUCCUAGUGUACAUUGGGGUCCCAGAAUCCCAAAAUAGAUAAAAAUAAUUCUUCAAAGCAUCUUCAAAAUAAUUCAUAUAUUUUCUUCAAAUUAUUUUAUCUUCAUAUUACAUCAAAAUAAUUCUUUAUUGGAUUGUUCUAAGAAUAUCAAUGGUUACCCAAGUAUAGAUUUAGUGACACUUUAUGUUUUCUUUACUUUUCUUUUUGGGUUACACCUGGCGAUGGUCAGGGGUUACUCUUGGCUCUGCAUUCAGGAAUUACUCCUGGUAAUACUCGGGGUACCAUAUGGGAUGCUAGGAAUUGAACCCGGGUUGGCUGCAUGCAAGGCAAACGUCCUACCCACUGUGCUAUCGCUCCAGCCCCUGUAUUUUAUUUUCAUUGUGGUUUAUAUUUUAUAUCCAUUUCCAUUAAAGGGCUAAUUUGGUGAGGCACAUAUAGGGAUACAGACUUUAGCUAUCUGCAUUUUCAUCCAGCCAUGGUCAGAUUGACCAGUGCAACCCCACAUAUUAGGCUAAAGUAUAUGAAAUUAUUGUGUUUGUAGUUUAAAGCUAUCCAGUGUUAGGCUAGAAAUUUAGCUUAAUGGUAAAGCACUUGCCUUGCAUGAGGAAAGCAUUGGGUUCAAUCCUAGGUAUCACCACCCUCCCCUCCCCAAAAACAGAGGAAGAAACAAUGCCCAAUAUCAGCAAUUUUAGUAUGCCUCAACCUAAUAUUUUAAUAUAAUUAUUUUCUUAUUAUUUCUCUGCAGAUAUAAUAGUCUUAGUUAUUUUAGCUUUUGGACGUAUUUCAAGAAGAUUUUCUUUGAAAAAAACAACUUGCUGCUCUUUCUCAUUAUUAUCCAUUGAUAUAUAUCAACGAAUAAAUUAGUCAAUGAAAAAUUUAUUAUAUCAUUAUUGCCAUACUACUGUGUUUCUGUGACCCUAAUAACUUUUUCCACUCAUUUCUCCAAGUCACCUUAUGAAAUAGAUAGAGUCCUUUUUCCUUAGACUUUACCAAGACAAAAUACAAAGUAAUAUUGCCAAAUUUGAGCAUUAUGUAUUCAGAUGGCAAUUUUGAUAUGAAUGUCUUUGGACUAACAAUUCAAAUUAUUUUUUUUACUUUCUUUUUGAUUUGAAGAGCACAAAUAUUUCUGAGAAGAUAGGAUAUUAAAAUUAGGUUGUGAGUACACACACUGCAUUAUAAUUAUCAUGUAUAUCCUGGUAUAAACAAGCAAAGAGACUGUAGUACAUAUUGUUCUACCAAUGGUAAGAAUAAAAAUUUUUCAUCUCUAUAACUUGGAUUUUCUCACAUCUAUCUCAAAACACCAAAAAUGUAAACAAAAUUAGAUACUAUGGUGAUAGCACUUACGUUUACUCUUUCUGUUCAUUGUUUCAAACAACUAAAGUCUUGGGUAGACACUGUCAUUUGUUUUCAGCAAAACUGUGCAAUUAAGUUUACAUGUAUAUUUACAUCCUAAGAGAUAGUUGAUUAAAAUAGAUCUUAAUUUUGUGUUUCUGCAUAUGUCUUGGGUAUAUUUUGGGCAAUUAAUAUCAUACAUGUGAGUUCUAGGUACAAAAAAAAUGAUGUCUGCCAAGACUCCUUCAUAUGUAUUGCCCAUUCUUCACUUUUUGGUUUGUACAUAAAGCCAUCUUGUCAUUUCAAACUUUAUAUAUCUCUACUGUUAUGAGAAACAUAAUAGAUUAACAAAAUUUUUAAAAACUAUAUUUGUAAAAUUUCUCUAUUGUGAAUAAAGCCUUUUAAUA